AUGUCGAAAUGCCAAGUCUGCUCCAAACAAGCUAGUGGAAAACGCUUUGGAGCCAUUGUUUGUAGAGCAUGUGCUGCGUCUUUUAGACGAUCCGAUCUUUUCAAAAGAACCAUGUCAUGUAAGAGAAACGGAAAAUGUGAAUUUUUCAUAAAUGGUUUUUUCAUUUGCAAAUACUGCCGAUUGCAGAAAUGCAUCGAAGUUGGUAUGAAUUUAGAAAAUGUGCAUUUGAAUAGUGAUUGUUCUACGGUGGAUAAAGAAACAACAAGACUGGAGAGUGCGAUUCCACCGACAAUAGACAUUUUCUGUGGAAGAUCAAAUCUUAUUAUAUUUAGAAUGCCAAAAAACUCGUCUCAGGGAUACUCAAAAAAUGUUAUCGAUGUUCAGCUUUUGAUUGAUAAAAUUUCAAAUAUGAUACAGCAGUCAAGGCAUUCUGUGAAUCCUCCCGAUUCCUUAAAAUAUGGAAGAGAAGAAUCAUUAGCUCAGUUGGAACAUAAUGUUGUUUUGGUUGCGAAUUGGUUGACAUAUUUUGACGAUUUUCAAAUGCUCCCUCCGAAUCUUCAGCUUCAAAUGGUUCAAGGAAUUUGGAGUGUCUGGUGGAGAUUGAAACGAUUAGCUUAUUCGUCAUCAGAGAUCAAGAAGAACUUCGAUAAGGAAACAAUCAGAAAAAUGAAAACGGAUACUCUGAUAAGAAGGUACGAUCAGAACAGAAUCGAUAUGUCAUGGCUAUCUAAAUAUUCAGUGGAAGAGCUGAAAUUUUUCAUUGAUCUAAGUAACGAAGUACGUCUAGAUGAGAUGACUCGUGCAAUGAUAGAACUUGAACCAACUGAAGUGGAGUUAUCGUAUAUGUUCUGUCAAUUAUGCUUCCAUACAGUUGGGAAAAGAUUUCAAGGAGAGAUUCUGCAGAUUUCUGAAAAGUUUCAAGAAACAUUGGCAAACGACUUGCAUGAGUAUUAUGUGAAAGAUCAGAAGAAUCCGUAUUAUAUGAAGAGACUGGCUACUUUGAUGAUCGAUUGUGAAAUGUAUGGAGAGAUGAGCAGUUGUGAAUCCGCAUGUUCCAGUCCCAUCAGUUGUCAAGUCUGUGGACAAGAAUGCAAUGGAAAGUUCCAUUAUGGAGCAAUGGUUUGCAGAGCGUGCGCUGCUUUUUUCAGAAGAUCAGUCGAGUUCAAAACGUCCAAAUCAUGUCAUAGAAUCAAAAAAUGUGAUUUUUUGAAGAAAGGAUAUUUCACUUGCAAAUAUUGUCGAUUGCAGAAAUGUCUUAAAGUUGGAAUGAGCUAUGAAAGAUUUCAGUUUGAUAGAGAUGUCAACAAAGUUAACAAGAUAGUAGUUCUAGGAGGAAGGAUCCCACCGUCAAUUGAUACGUUCUGUGGUAGAUCAAAUCUAAUAAUAUUCCGGGGACCACAAACUUCUGCUUCUUCGUCGUCUUGUCCUUCUCCAGAUUCCCCGAAAAACUUUAUCAAUUGUCAGUUUCUAAUCGACAAGGCUAUUAAAAUUUUACAACAAGGUCCAGAAUCGCCGAUUUUCACUAGAAACCGAUUGGAGAAACUGGCCGUUGUAUUGAAUCCGGUGCUUGAAUUCCAGCCAGCAAUCGAGCCACCAGAUAUGGGAAAUUUCGGAAAGGAAGAGUCAUUGGCACAACUGGAACACGUUGUGAUACUCGUUACAAAGUGGUUGACUCAUUUCGAUGAAUUUCAGAUGCUCCCAGCAAAACUUCAGAUCCAAAUGCUGCAAGGAAUCUGGAGUGUUUGGUGGAGAUUAGGAAGGCUAGCUUACACGUCAAUGAAAAUUAGAAGAAGUUUUGAUAUUGAUACAAUCAAGCGAAUGGAAACGAACACGUUGGUUCAUAGCUACGAUCAGGAGAGACUUGAUAUGUCAUGGCUAUCAAAGUAUACUGUGGAUGAGUUGAAAUUCUUUAUGGAUAUAAAAAAUGAGGUCCGUUUGGAUAACCAGACUCGAGCAAUGAUAGAUCUUGAUCCAUCUGAUAUAGAACUUUCAUUCAUGCUCGGUCAACUAUGUUUCCAAUAUGUCGGAAAACGAUUCCAAGGAGAAAUUCUUCAAGUUGCUGAUAGAUUUCAAGAGAUGUUGGCGAAUGAUCUACAUGAUUAUUAUGUGAAUGAAUUGAGAGUACCCCAGUAUGUGACUAGACUGGCGAGUAUGAUGAAGAUCAACAAUCAGAUACAGAUGGACAUCUAUAAUAACAUAAAGAAAACAGAGUUGGCUAACAUUUUCGAUAUUUUCUGCGUUGAAGUUUCUCAUCCAGAAAUGUUUGUAGACUUUUGA